AUGCCAGCAGCAAAGCUGCCCCUGGCCCUGCAGCUAAAGGCAGUGGAGACGGUUUUAAAGAACAACUACAGAUUCCUGUCCUGGCUUGUGUGGUGGAUCCUGAUGUUCGAGAUCUUAAGUGGCUUCGGAGUUCUGGUCAUCCCAUUCUUGAUGAAUGAGUAUAUCUACAUAGGCGGGCUCCUGCUUCUAGUCCUCAUGAAGCUGCUUCAGAAGACGCCGCUCUGCAUGCUCAUAAAGCAGCCUGCCCUCCUGGCGGCCAGCAUCCACAGAUCCAUGUUCGGGCUGUCUCAAGGGAAAGUGAAGACUGGGCUACGAUGUGCUUGGGAAGGAGCCUUCCGGGUGCUGCUCUCCAGCUUGGCCUUCCUGUCCUUGUGCCUUCAGUGGAGCACUCUAUCCCUGAUGUGUGAUGAGCUACCCUCGCAGUCAGAAGCAGAAGUUGCCCAGGCAUCAGGCUGCAUACUUCCCACCUGCCACACAAGUGCAGGCCGAGAAGCUCUGAUUGCUGCAGAAUACGGCAGUGGAACAAAUGCCUGCAUCAUCAAGCUCCAGGCAUGUCACUGCACCCAGUGGGCCGGAAUCCACACCAACCUCUGCUACAGUGUAGGGCCCAUCUUCUGCUCAACCACCUUGGAUGGGGCGCCACACGUGCUGCAGCGGGUGAAUGUGGUCCUCUGUGCUGUAGUGGCGCCGCCCGUGUGGCUUUCACUGUACUUAUGCCUGCUUGCCAGGAAUCUCGACACCGACCGUCUGCGCUCCCAGAUCCAAGCAGAGAGGCAGAAGAUGACUUCCACAGCUUCGGGAAGUGCCGGUUGCAUGUCGAAGGCCUGGAUCAUCUUGGACAUAGGCUUCUUGGCUCUCGACGUAUUGCUCGACAUCAGCUGUUUAUCCACCUUGGUGCAAAGCAAGCAGUAUGUUCCGGCGGCUUGUCAGGCUACUGUGCUUCUUCUCAGUCUAGCGCAGCAGCUGCGAUUUGGAGUCUGCGCCGUCGGCUCUGCAAUCAGGGAGUCCCUUCGAGUGGGAUACCAGACAGAUAUUCUCCUCCGGAUCACGCAGUCUGAGAAGCUGACAGAGAGUUUCUUGUCCCUUCUCAUCCAAGGCGCAGCGAUUACUACCCUGAGCAAUGCAGCCGCGACUCAGUUCAACAUCAGCAUGUUCAUCAGCAUGCUCGGAAUUGUCAAGGCCAUCUACAAGCAGGUGCACCUUGACCUCGCUGGCCUCGACACGGAAGCAGAUACGACUCAUUGCUUUUCAUGUCACAGAGACGCAGUUUCCCCAUUUCGGGCUGAAGGUCAGCAAGGUCCUUCAGCCAAGCCCCCUCAGUCCCCAGCACCCUCGGUCUGGCGCAACUUGUAUGGCAGAGCCCAUUAG